CCUCGCAGAGGAGCUAAGGGUAGGAGUUGCUUAUACUCAUGAGAUCUCCCAAUGAUUCUGGCCUUGAAUAGUUAACCAAUGUGGCCUACAUUGGGUCACGGGAGCAUAGUUGAAGCACUCUUUACAGUGACACUGAACCAAGAUCUAAAAUUCCCAGACGGGCAAGCAUAAUAUUUCCUUGAAGAGUUUCACCUCGACAGAGAAAAUAGUGUAUGCCCUCUCCAUGGAUUCCCGUUUUGGUAACGCACUUGUAGCACUAGCUUUGGUAGUUGUUUUAGGAUUGUCAAUACGUCUGUACACUCUGCUUGUGUUGAAGCCACAGAGGCUUAGAACCUUGCUCGGAAGGCAGGGCAUCAGAGGACCGCCUGUAUCGCUCUUACUUGGAAACAUCAGUGAGAUCAAGAAAUCACAGCUGACCACCGAAAAGCCUGUCGGAGGUGAUUCUUCAGCCUCUCAUGACUGUGCAGCUUCGCUCUUCCCUUCAUUUGAGCAAUGGAGAGCUCAAUAUGGCGAAGUGUUCGUGUUUGCACUGGGUAACAUACAAAUACUCUGUGUGAAUCAACCCGAUGUGGUGAGAGAGAUAACGACAUGCACCUCUUUGGACUUGGGAAAACCCUCCUACCAACAUAGAGAGAGAGGUCCUCUUCUUGGUCGGGGCAUUCUGACUUCUAAUGGCCGUGCAUGGGCCCAUCAGAGGAAGAUCAUUGCUCCUGAGCUGUUCAUGGACAAGGUCAAGGGCAUGAUACCUUUGAUUACUGAAUCCACGGUGACAUUGCUGGAAUGCUGGAAAAGAAGAAUCGAAACUGAGGGUGGAACUGCAGAUAUCAAAAUCGACCACCAUAUGAGAAGCUUCUCUGCAGAUGUGAUCUCAAGAGCCUGUUUUGGAAGCAACUUCAGUAGAGGGAAAGACAUUUCCCAUAAGCUAAGGCAGCUCCAAGAGUUGAUGGCCAAGAAAUACUUGGGUACUGGGAUUCCUGGCAUGAGAUAUAUUCCCACCAAGAGCAACAGAGUGGCUUGGGCUUUAGAGAAAGAGGUUAGAAGCUUGAUACUCCAAUUAGUGAAGGGGCGAAAAGAAGCUCCCGGCGAGAAGGAUCUAUUGCAGAUGGUUCUUGAUGGCGCCAAAAACGGUGGUCUGAGCCCGCACGCAACCGAUAGCUUCAUCGUUGAUAAUUGCAAGAACAUUUACCUUGCGGGCUAUGAGACUACUGCAGUUUCAGCCACACGGUGCCUCAUGCUCUUGGCUUCAAACCCCGAGUGGCAGGCUCGGGUUCGCACAGAGGUCCUACAGAUUCGUGGGAAUCGCUUCCCUGAUGCAGAUAUGCUGCGUAGAAUGAAACAGCUGUCAAUGGUAAUUCAAGAAUCGCUGCGUUUAUAUCCCCCGGUAGCCGUGGUAUCAAGGGAGGCUCUCGAGGACAUGAAACUCAGAGAUAUACAAGUACCAAGAGGCGUAAAUGUUUGGAUCAUGGUGGCUACGUUGCACACCGACCCGGAAAUAUGGGGACCCGAUGCAUACAAAUUCAACCCGCAACGAUUCGAAAAUGGGAUCGCAGGAGCCUGCAAGCUUCCACUUCUGUACAUGCCAUUCGGGGUCAGUCCAAGGGUGUGCCUCGGUCAGAACUUGGCCAUGGUUGAGCUCAAGAUACUGAUCUCACUUGUUCUCUGCAAUUUCGAUUUUUGCCUCUCCACCAAGUAUACUCAUUCACCCGCUCUUAGGCUGGUUAUAGAACCAGAGCAUGGAGUAGAUCUCCAGGUGAGAAAAUUGGAGGCCAUGCCCUUCUAACUGAAUCAUUUGUGUAACACAAGAAUGCAUGCAAUUCUAUCUAAUUACU